UUGUCCUAUUUCAUCAGACUAUUUGUGACGCGACGUAGCAAAGCACAUGUUAUCUAGUUUUGUCAAGUUGAUCUUGAUUUAAUGUAACGUAUCCGAAGUAAAUUAUUUUGUGUAAAUUAUUACGAAUUUUGUGCAAUGUCAAACAAACAAAUCUUGGAACAACAAAUCAAAGCACAGGGUGAAAUUGUGAGAAAGUACAAAGCGGCCAAAGAAAGUAAAGAAAAGGGUCAGAACGGAUUUUCACCUUUCCAAGCAAACGUAACUGAAAAACACUGCCAAUUCUUAAAUGAGUUUUUCUCAAGUCGCAGUUAUGUUUGUGGAUACGCAUCUACAACAGGAGACGAAGAAUUAUUUAAAGCAAUUUCAGGCAGUAAAGUCAAUUUAAAAAAAUUCAAUCACCUCGGGCGAUGGUACAAUCACAUAAAGAGUUUUUCCGGUGACGAAAAACGAAAAUUUCCCACCCCCCAUUAUAGUCAAUUGAAAAAUUUAAUCGCUCUUUAUCUGGAUGUGCAGAUCGCGGAGGAAGUUGCUAAGUUAUUAGAGCUUAAAGCCAAACUUAACGAGGAUGAAAGCCCGCAAGCAGGUUCUCAAAAGUUCACCCUCAAAACACCAAAGGGAACGAGAGAUUUUUCUCCGGAGCAGAUGGCCGUCCGAAGCUCCGUUCUCAACAAAAUUAUAUCAGUAUUCAAGAAACACGGAGCUGAAACAAUAGACACUCCAAUUUUUGAGUUGAAAGAAGUAUUAACUGGAAAAUAUGGAGAGGAUUCGAAACUAAUUUACGAUUUGAAAGAUCAAGGUGGCGAAAUCCUUUCGUUGCGCUAUGACUUAACUGUUCCUUUCGCUAGGUAUCUAGCAAUGAAUAAAAUUACCAAUAUAAAACGUUACCACAUCGCUAAAGUUUACCGAAGGGACAACCCUUCGAUAGCUAGAGGGCGUUACCGUGAGUUUUACCAAUGUGACUUCGAUAUAGCGGGAGCUUACGAUGCGAUGAUACCCGACGCCGAAUGCGUUAAAAUCGUGUACGAAAUUUUAGAAAUCUUGGGGAUGGAUCAGUUCGUGAUCAAAUUAAACCACAGAUUGCUCUUGGACGGUUUAUUCGAAGCUUGUGGUGUACCAAAAGAUAAAUUUAGGUCAAUAUGUUCAGCCGUAGACAAAUUAGAUAAGUCACCUUGGGAGGAAGUAAAGAGAGAGAUGGUGGAAGAAAAAGGUUUGUCUGAAAGUGUCGCUGACCAGAUUGGGGAAUACGUUCAAUUAAACGGAAAAGAAGAACUCGUCGAAAAACUACUCAAAGAUGAACGAUUAACCAAAAGUAAAUCAGCUGUUGAAGGUUUGGAAGCAAUGAAGCUCAUUUUACACUACUGCGACAUCUACGGAACCUCCGACAAGGUUUCCUUUGAUUUAAGUUUAGCAAGAGGGUUGGACUACUACACAGGAAUAAUUUACGAAGCGGUUUUAGUUGGAGGUGAUGCUAGCGGCGACCCCGAAUCUUCAGUCGGAUCCAUAGCAGGAGGUGGCCGAUACGAUAAUCUCGUUGGCAUGUUUGAUUCAAAGCACAAACAGGUUCCUUGCGUUGGUGUCUCAAUUGGUGUCGAGCGCAUUUUUGCUGUCCUUGAAGCGAAAUAUGCAGCCACCAACACAAAAAUUCGGACGACGGAUAUUCAAGUGUAUGUGGCCACAGCCCAGAAGAAUCUCGUGGAAGAGAGAAUGAAACUUUGUCGACAGUUGUGGGAUGAAGGAUUCAAGGUUGAACACUCGUACAAGAAGAACCCCAAACUGCUUGCGCAGUUGCAACACUGUGAAGAGUAUAGUAUUCCUUUAGCUGUUAUUUUGGGAGAAUCGGAAAUUCAAAAGGGGGUUGUUAAAUUGAGAGAAGUCACUUCAAGGGCUGAAGUUGAAGUAUCGCGCACACAGUUACCCGACGAAAUCAGGAAAAGGCUUCAGAAUUAUUGUUUGAACGGAUCGGCGUGAUCAAUCAUUUGAUUUUUAGCAUUUAUUUAUAAUAAAAUAACACCAGUUAAGUUCAAUUUUGACAUAUUUAUUUCUGAAGGUAAUGUUAUUUAUUUAUUUCUUAAUGGUUUUAAGAAAUUAAUGUUCGAUAUUGUUACACAAUAAACCUUUCGUAAAGACCCGA